UCCCGCCAUUUUGAUAUGAGAACUUCUGCAAUCUCCACAUUAUACGUCGCGUCGCCACACGCUCACUUCGACUCCUGCUUAACUCACACAGAACGUGUGUCGACCGUAUUUUUUGCAAGUUAGCACCUGGCUUUUAUGUAUCUCCCGACUCCGUCUCAAGUGGAUGGUCUAAUUUAUUCCUGGACAUCGGGGGAGUGAAGGUGAAAAAAUGACUCAGUUUUUACCGCCGAACCUUUUGGCCCUCUUCGCCCCACGGGACCCUAUCCCUUUUCUGCCUCAGUUGGAGAAGCUGCCCCACGAGAAACACCACAACCAGCCGUACUGUGGCAUCGCCCCGUUCAUCAGACACUUCGAGGACCCCAGAGAUGCCCCUCCACCUACAAGAGCCGAAACCCGUGACGAGAGAUUAGAAAGAAAGAGGAGAGAAAAAAUUGAAAGAAGACAAACAGUGGUGGAGACUGAACUGAAACUUUGGGACCCCCAUAAUGACCCAAAUGCCCAAGGAGAUGCAUUCAAGACAUUGUUUGUUGCCAGAGUGAACUACGAUACUACAGAGUCCAAGCUUCGCCGUGAGUUUGAGGUCUACGGCCCAAUCAAACGGAUCUACAUUGUCUACAACAAGAGGACGGGGAAACCUCGUGGAUAUGCCUUCAUUGAGUAUGAGCAUGAGCGUGACAUGCACUCUUCCUACAAGCAUGCUGAUGGGAAGAAGAUUGAUGGCAGAAGAGUGCUGGUGGAUGUUGAACGGGGGCGCACCGUCAAAGGAUGGCAACCUCGAAGACUAGGUGGAGGGUUAGGUGGGACUAGAAGAGGUGGUGCAGAUGUCAACAUCAAGCACUCUGGCAGAGAUGAUGCAUCUCGAUAUGAUGAACGCCCACUGGGAGGAGGAGGAGAGCGGGAUCGUGGAGAACGCAGGGAGCGUAGUCGGGACCGUGAUAAGGACAGAGAGCGUCGAAGGUCCCGGUCUCGUGAACGCCGUCGUCCUACCCGUUCAAGCGAGCGAGAGAGGGAAAGGCCAGCGGCAGUAGGGGAGGAGGCCGGCGGUAACAGUCGACGUCGAGAGAGAGAGCGCGAUCGUGUGGCACCAGCUGGAGCAGACAGUAGGAGCAGGGAAAGGAGUAAAGACCGGGAUAGAAAGAGGAGGAGUAGAAGUCGGGAUCGCAAACGAGACCGUGAGAGAGCAAAGGGUCUUGAUGGAGAGGAAGUCAGCCAAGGAGACGGUGUCGCUGAGGGUGGGGAACGCCUACCAGAGGAAGCUGAAGGAGAAGCAGGUGAGGGUGUGGAGGAGCGCAGGGACAGAGAUAGAGAUAAGGAUCGGGACCGCCGGCGCAGCCAUAGGGACAGAGACAGGCGUAGUCGGGGAGACCGAGACAGAGACCGGGAUCACAAGAGGGAGCGAGGAGACAGAGAUAGGGGUGAGCGCAGGGAGGAGCGCCAUGGCUCCUUAAGAGAAGAUGUAGGUCCCCAAGAUGAUGUACCCAAUGAGGAGGGGGGAGAAGCAGCACCCAACAUGGAGGAGUUCAGGGAAGACGGCAUGAUGGACCAGCAGUCUGUGCCUGAUGAAUACGGAUCCGGCGAGAACGGCUACAAGAUGGAGACAACAGGAGAUGAGUACUAAUUCAGACCACAUAGACUCAUAAAUUACUUGUUUCAUGCUCUACCUUGGCUUCCUAACUUAAUGGUAUGGCAAAGGUACAUACAUAGUCCAUAGCAAGCCCCACAACGAGAAAAUAUUCCACUUUGUAAAAGAUUCAGUGUGGAAUUUCAUCUACUGAUUCAUGCCACACACUCAAUCUAUUUUAGCCAUGCAAGCUCUUCAUUUUGCCUCUUGGUUUCAGGAAGAUGUUUUAAUCCUAAAUCACUAGUUGUCAUUGUUUUGUCGAUUCCAAGUCCAAUUGGUUAGACACUUUCUGUUAAGUGUAUGAAAAUUGAAGGACUUUGAUGAUGGUUCUGUUAAGUUGAUUAAAAAGGGUUUUUUAUUUUA